CCUCUCUCGGAGCAGCGCGCGGACUGACAGUUGGUGAGGAGAGGAGCACGGGGAUCACGGCACGCGCUCCUACCGUGCACCUACAGGUUAUCUACUUAAAUGUAUCAGCGGGAGGAAAUAAAUGUGGCAGGUACCUUAGAGAAUUGGAGCUGCUGAUGUCACCACUCCAUAACAGCUAGUGGGAUUGCUGAUGACCUUUUUUGCUGCCCUCACCAGCUCCUGUUUUCCUCCAACUCUUCCUUGGUGUCCCUCAACCCCCCCUUUCUCAAAGUCCCCUCCCCUGCUACUCUGUCUCCCAGCCCUGGACUUAUUACUCAAACCCACUGAAGGGAGCAACACAGUAGCUGGCAGAGGAUGAAGCGGGCCUGCCUGCCAACUCCAGACAGAGGAUAGACAACACAAAAGGACUAGCGAAGAGAAGAGAAUUAGAGAGAGAGGCGCAUACACAGAGGGCGACUGGUGGAUAGAGCUGCAACAUUCAAGAUGCCAUGCCGAAGGAAAAAUACAAAUUUUACUUGUGCAUCAUGAGCUAGCAAAAGGUCUUACAAAGAUCCUAAACGGUGGAGUUCUUCCUCACAAACUUCUUCCUCAACACCCCGGCUCUAAAACACGCCGAAGUUGUGGAGACAUACACUGCUCUCCAGGGCUUAACACCUGAUAUGCUUCUUUAAGAAGUUCAAACCAUGCCGGCCAAGGGGAAGUACCUGUUGAAUGACCAGGAGCUGAAAAAUGAGGCACUUUACCGCAAAUUCUCCUGCAACAGCCAGUAUCAGCCGCUGGUGCUGCUGUUGGGCCUCUCCAUGCUGUCCUGUGGGAUCCUCCUCAUACUCUUCUUCUCGCAUGGACUGAGUGCAGAAAAACACUGUGCCUUUGUGAGCGUGGUAAGCACCAGCCUGAGUGUGUUCCUGGCCGUGUUUGUGCUGGUGUGUACAGAGGUGCUCUCGCAGCGAUGGAGACUUCUUCUGGGCCUGAUUAUCUGGGCCACACAUCUCACCAUGGCUUACACUUUUAUCUUCAGUGGACCUUUAAUUCUGCCUUGGGACCAGGUGCCUUUCUUCCUCUUUAUCAUCUUUACUGUGUACACCAUGCUGCCAUUCCAGUUGUGGUACGCUGUGGUGUUGAGUGUGAUCACCUCGCUGUCCCACAUCUUGGUCCUCACAGUGCGCCUCACCGUUUACAGUGAUGAGCCUGUACCCUACCUUACCAAUCAGCUGCUGUCAAACGCAGUUGUAUUUCUGUGUGGCAGUGUGGUGGGGGCUUUUCACAAGGUCCUGAUGGAGAGAACUCUGAGACAGACCUUUCAAGACACGUUGAGGUGCCUGAGCAUGCGGAUGAAGCUGGAGAUAGAAAAGAGACAGCAGGAGAAUCUGCUGCAGUCUGUGCUGCCGGUUUACAUCUCCAUGAAGAUGAAGCUAGCUAUUAUGGAGCGCCUUCAGGACUGUAAAGACAAAGAGGAGCAGCAGCGAUUGGUCAAAGACAAUAACUUCCACAGUCUUUAUGUCAAGAGACACGAGAAUGUCAGUAUUCUGUAUGCUGACAUCGUCGGUUUCACACAGUUGGCCAGUGAUUGUUCUCCCAAGGAGCUGGUCAUUAUGCUCAAUGAGUUGUUUGGGAAGUUUGACCAGAUUGCCAAGGAAAAUGAAUGCAUGAGAAUCAAGAUCCUUGGAGAUUGCUACUACUGUGUAUCAGGGCUGCCUGUCUCCUUGCCUAAACAUGCCAAGAACUGUGUCAAGAUGGGUCUAGACAUGUGUGAAGCCAUUAAGCAGGUACGGGAUGCAACAGGAGUGGAAAUCAACAUGAGAGUAGGCGUGCAUUCAGGCAAUGUGCUCUGUGGUGUGAUUGGCCUUCGCAAGUGGCAGUUUGACGUGUGGUCACAUGAUGUCACGCUGGCCAAUCAUAUGGAGUCAGGAGGCCUUCCAGGGCGUGUUCACAUCACAGAAGCCACAUUGAAACAUCUUAAUAAUGCGUAUGAAGUGGAAGAAGGCGAUGGCCAAAGCAGAGACCCCUACUUAAAGGAACUCAACGUCCAGACCUACCUGGUCGUAGAUCCAAGGUCAAAGGACCCAUCAUCAAACAGUCGUAGUGCAGCCAAGCCACGGAUGAAUGAUGGGCUGAAAAUGCGAGCUUCUGUUCGUAUGACCCGUUACCUGGAGUCGUGGGGUGCAGUCAAACCAUUUGCUCAUCUUCAGAGCAGAGAGGGUUUCCCACCAGGCAGCAUCGUCAAAGGCAAGCCACGCUGGAAGGACAUCCCCCUACGAUCAGCCCCUGGCACCAUUAUCACUGAGAGCUUAGAUGAGUCUGUAGAAGAGCCAUUCACCUUGCCCACACCUCCAUUCAGCAGCUAUAAGAACAAAUCCCAGAAGAGUAAGUUUGAUGAAGAACUGCACAAUGAGAUGACGACUACGAUAGAUGAGCUCAGCAGCAAACAGUGGUCAAAGUCUGAAGAGACUGGCAGUUUAGCUUUGUGGUUUCCAAAGAAAGAUCUAGAAAAACAGUACCGGGCGCUGGAUCUGCCAAUGUUCAAGCAUUAUGUUGGCUGUGCCACCGUCAUCUUCCUUUGCAUCUUUGUGGUUCAAAUGUUUGUCACAAAGGAUCGGCAGAUGUUGGGGGUCAUGUUUGGAGUAUUAGUCUGUGUGCUACUGCUCAUCAUGGCGAUCUGUUUCGCCAAUCACAUUCAGCGCCUCUUUCCAGAGAAGUUGUCCAGAUGCCAGUGGCUGCCAGCUGUGUCGGAGGCGGUGGUAAAGCGUCCAUGUGUGCGCCUCCCCCUGGCCACCAUUACAACUACGGUCAUCAUUGUGUUGGCAGUGUUCAACCUGUGCUUCGUUCAGACUGAUGGGACAGAAUGUUCCGGUGACAAUGACAACCUGUGUGUGCCAACCUUCUGUCUGCCUUACUCUGUUUAUUGCUGUAUCCUCUCACUCAUUGCAUGUGGAGUCUUCCUGCGAGUGAGCUUUGAGCUCAAAGUGCUCUUCCUCGCUGUGGCCUCUGCAGCAUACUACAGCAUCAUCCUCAGCAUCAAGAGGAAACUGUUUGAAGACUACAAAGAUUUCCUCUACACUCAGAUCAGUGAAAGCUGGAACUGUAGCAGCAGUGAGGGUGAAUCAGAGCUGAAAUGUUUGGGGCUGGUCAAACACCCUCAGGUGAUGAGCUGCAUAUAUAUCACCCUGUUCCUGGUCACUAUGCUCAUCAUCUCACAACAGAAUGAGUCGUGCUUCCGCCAGGACUUUCUGCUGAAGUAUAAGAACCGCACAGAACAGGACGAGAUCGAGACCAGGGAAAACCUGAACCGGCUGCUGCUGGAGAAUGUGUUGCCUGCUCAUGUAGCAGCUCUGUUUGUGGGUGAAAAUAAAAAGAACGAGGACUUGUACUACAAGUCGUAUGACUGUGUGUGUGUGAUGUUCGCCUCAGUGCCGGAUUUCAAAGAGUUUUACACUGAGUGUGAUAUCAACAAGGACGGACUGGAAUGCCUAAGGCUCCUAAACGAGAUCAUUGCUGACUUUGACGAGCUGCUGUCCAAGCCCAAAUUCAGCGGUGUGGAGAAGAUCAAGACCAUCGGCAGCACAUACAUGGCUGCAGCAGGGCUCAGUGGGACGCCUGGUCAGGAGAACAAUCAGGACAAAGAGCGGCAGCAAGCACAGAUCGGGAUCAUGGUGGAGUUUGCCAUCGCUCUGAUCGGCAAGUUGGACGGCAUCAACAGACAUUCCUUCAACAGCUUCAGGCUGCGUGUGGGUAUAAAUCAUGGCCCAGUGAUAGCUGGAGUAAUCGGGGCAAGGAAACCGCAGUAUGACAUCUGGGGCAACACAGUGAAUGUGGCUAGCAGGAUGGAGAGCACAGGGGAGCUGGGAAAGAUCCAGGUUACGGAUGAAACAUCUGAUGUCCUACAAAAGCUGGGCUACUCCUGUGAGUGUCGUGGAUUUAUCAGCGUGAAGGGUAAAGGGGAGCUGAAAACCUUCUUUGUGUGUACGGACAUGAGCAAGCAGCAGAGCAUGGGGCUGAGCUGAGGUCAGGCUGCUGUAGAAAACAGAACUGGAAACAGACUCGUGUAAACAGGCCAAGAGUUUUAACACUCAUGGACAGCACAACGUGACUCAUACAGCUGCGCUCCUGUGAUGUCGCAGUGAAGCACCACCUUCAACCAUGGAGCCAUCAGACAGCUCAGGCUGGUGGAGGGAAUGUCUGAACGUACAAUCAUCUUUUUCUAUUCAUAAACACGUUUACGUCCAGUGCUCAGCCACUUUCUUACUUUUGUCUUUAACUUAGAUGUUUCUCAGUAGUUGAUGUGUGUUGUACUAAUGCCAAAUAGAGCUGUGGGAUUUUUGAAGACCUCUGUGCUCUUUAAAGGAUGGAUCGUGUUUAGAUCAUUUACACUCAAGUCUGGACCCACUGCUCUGUUACUGUGUAAUGAGCAUUAUAGAGACAUGUAGGAGGACUUGUUCAUGCCUUUUCAGAGAUUCUUACAUAACAGAAAGCCAUUCAUGGACAACUGGCCACUCAGUAACUGGAGGCCCACUUGUCUUUAAGUCAGAGAGAACUAUUUCAGAUUACAUUUAUGACAAUAUAUUUGCUGCUUUUCAGGAGAAAAUAGACAAAUGUCAAAAUCCAUGUGCUGUACGUCAGUUGUUAAAGUGCUGCUGCUUGUCUGCAUUUCUGCUGCGAAGAGGGAAAGCUGUGAUGCUGUCGUUGUCUGUGUGACCUAACAACCUGCCUGCUGUGAACUUUUCUCUGAACUCAGCUCACACUCAUCCUGAUCCGUCUCUGAAAACUUGACCUGUCUGACCUAAUGGCCUUAUCUUUAUGAGACCACCAUGUUUCUCUCAGUGUUGUUACUUAUUAAUAAUAAUUAAGUAUUGGCCUCUAUGUGAAUAAAAGCGGCAUUUACUUUUGUACAGUUACAGAAUGUAAUAAAUGUUUUCC